CAGCUAAAGCUUCAUGAAUGUUCGGGCCUGUUCCGCCUGUUCCUUGUCUUGCUUGCAUGCAAAAGUUUUAUGACGCUAGCGCUUGCUGAAUGUCGAUACUUUUACGCUGUUCGUCGAGUGUUUUCUCUUUGUUUUCCGUGAUGUACUCGUCGUACUAAGAGUGUUUACUAUUACUGCGUGUGUGAUCUUUAUUUCUAGGAACGUGUGAUAAAAUCUCGAUCCUUUCCCGGCAUUAGCAUUUUCCCGAGGAGCCCUGCAAGGCAUUUUUGAGUUCUCAGUCUGAGUAGCUUACAGAUUCUCAACUGCCACUGCCGGUUUUCAUUUAUUACUCGUGCUUACAGAUAAAUGUGAGGAAAUGACUGGUGUGAUUGACAGUACGCCUGCAAGCCCUGUCAGAAGACGGCCAAAAAACAACUUUGAACCUUCCCCCUUCCGCUCAGAGCGCAAACGAAAGUUAUUUCCUACUGAAAGUCCUCAUGGGUCGGACUUAAGUGAAAUCACUCCACUGUCACCUGUCAGUGAAGAUUUCUCUCCUAGUAAAUCCAAAGUUGUUGUACGGACACCUUUGGUACCAACAAUUGCAAACCAGAAUGUCACUCCUAAAAAGUCCAAAAAUUCCUCCAUUCAGGAGAGUCCUCGCCGGAGUCCACGGAUAGCACAAAAGCAAGUCAUCAAAACCUCUUCAUUUUAUGGAAGAUCCUUGUUAUCAGAAUUCUCUAAGACAACCAGCCCUCUUUCAGAAUUGAAAGCUAAACAUUCAAAAGAAAAUGUAAAUAACUCCCUUUCAGAACUUGAAACAGACCAGGUUAAAGGAAAUGAAAAUAAACCAUCUAAGAGAGCUGCAUCUGAACCUUUAGCCUUAAAUCCAGCCAAAAGAAGAUGCUCCACCAAACCUAGAGGAAUAUUUUCAGGUGUUGGUCAUGCUAUCAAAAAACCGAAGCCCCCUCCUGAACCAAAAUUCAAGACUGUGAAGCUUCCUCCACUGAGACAAAACCUUAAAAACAAAUUUGACUUUACAAAAACUCCAUAUUCACUAAAGAAAAAUGAUGCUAAUUGGAGUUAUGCUGGUAUUCAUCGAGAAAGAACAAGUUUGGACAGCUCAGAGGCUGAAAAGCGCAAAUUUUUCAAAAGCAGUGUUGGAAAGAUAUCUGUUGUGACGCCUCCAUCAAGUAAAAAGAAAAUAAAACUUUUUAAAGUCCAGGCGGAUGAAAUCCUUGCAGAUCCUGGAAAAACUGCCUCUGAAUGGUUAGACGAGAUUGAAGGUACUGCUCCUCUGAGUCAGAAUUCUAGCAACGUUUGUGACUUGACUGAGUCUACAUCCAAUUUGUCUAUUGAAGAUGCUGUUCAAGAGCCAGAUACUCCAAUGAGAGAACUUGCAAAUCAACUUGAAGAAGAGCCUUCGCCUACUCCUAAAGUGUAUCCAGUUUUCAAUUUCAAGAAAAUGACUCCAAAGUCAGCUUCCCCAACAAAGAGGGAUUCUGCAAAGAAAGGUGUCAAGAAAAUAUGGAAGGGACUGGGAGAAAAUCAACUCCUCCUUGAUGCAGGUCAGAAACGUUUCGGAGCCACUCAGUGCUCCGAGUGCGGUCUUAUGUACGAGCCAGGAGACGCUGAGGAUGAAAUUCAGCAUGCCAAAUAUCACUCGGAACAUAAAGCACUUCGUUAUCCGGGCUAUAAAAAUGAACGGAUUGUCGGCCGUUGCGGAUUGGAUUAUAUUGUUUGCUUUACUGGCUUAGAUUCCAAAAUGAACCAAAACAAAAUUUUAUCUGUACUGGAUAUAGUUGAUAAAGAGCUCGGUUUUGAUACUCCGGCUGUGAAAAUCUACUCAAAAUCUCAGGUGUACCUGUACAUAAGUGAUAAACAAAUUGCUGGAUGUUUGGUUGUGGAGCCGCUUUCUGAAGCCUACAAGAUGCUCAUCAGCGAUGAAGAGGGUGUCGAUGUUUGCUCAACUGAAACUUACAAAGUAAAAUGUGGAAUCAGCCGUAUUUGGACUAGAGCUACGGAUAGAAGGAAAGGCAUAGCCACUCAACUAACAGAUUGUGUUAGGCGAAACUUUUUCUACGGAUCAAUCUUGGCGCAAGAAGACAUAGCAUUCUCAGUCCCAACUGUUGACGGUAAGAAAUUUGCUCGAAAGUACACUGGUAAAGAGGAUUAUUUCGUCUAUACUGGAUGGCCGGUAUCAAACUCAAAUUAAGCGUGAUAACGAUUUUUCCCAUCUUUUCUCAACAAUUUUAUAGCCUGUUCAAAGUUCUCGUACAUAAUAUAUUUUUUUAUUAAGCAAUUUUGUUCUCGUUUCUCUUUAGUCUAAGUUUUUUUGUAUUUGUUUUUUCCUUUUUGUCAGCAUAAGAACAGAAGUAGGUCAUGGAAAUUUAUUUUUCUAGGUUUGUUAAGUGAUAAAGUGUUUUCAUGCAAGUAUUGUGUAGCACUCAAUGUCGCUGAAAGUUGGAGGAUGCAUGCACACAAAGUUCUAUUCUGAAGAUUCUGUCAUGCUGAACACUCAGUGGAUAAAAGUUAACAGAUAUAUGUGCAAGAUAGUCUGUUCUAAAAAUAAUGUUAUUGUAGAAAAAUUUUGAGUCAAAUUUUGUGACGUAGGUCGAAACCUAUUAGUAUUUGUUUCUUCUCCUUUGUUGAAAGUGAAAUGAUAAUGCACCAUUUCACAUUUGUACCCGUCAAUUUUUAGUUUUCUCUAUAUGUUUUUAAAUUCCUUAAAAGCAUGUCAAUGAAAAUUUAAUAAAUACUUAUGAACUAUUUUAUCUCAAAGACUGGAACAACUUUUUUUUCAGUUUGUCCCAAAUUUCUGUUGUCACCUCCAAGCAUCUCAAGUGCAAGGGUCUUAUUUACUGCCCUCUUCAUUUUUACGUUCCUCUAUAUUUUUUUAAUUCCUUGAUAGCAUGUUCAUUAAAAUUUAGUAAAUACUUUAAAACUAUUUUUUUUUACUGUAAAAAUGUUUUUCUCAGUUCACCCAAAUCUUUGUUGUUAGUCCCAAUCAUCUCAAGACCAAGGGUCUUAUUUAUUGCCCUCUUUAUUUUUAGUUCGCUCUAUAUUUUUUUCAAUUCCUUGAAGUAUGUUAAUGAAAAUUUAAUAAAUGCUUUUGAACUAUUUUUCUCAUCAA